AACAUAGGAUGGUACCUAAGUAGUACCUUAUGUAGAAUAGAAACGUUGUGGCAUGACUCACACUGGUAGAACGUAGCAGGUCGUUCAGUCAGGUGUGUUGUUUACCUGUUGCCAACAGUUGAAUGGAAGGUUUCAUUAACAUUCCUCCGCGAUUCCAUUAAGAAAUGAGGAAAAUCUUCAUGUGAUAUACGAAAAUGUGGCGUAGAAUAGCAAUCCUCCUCUUUUUCGUGUUCAUCCAAAGUUUCUGGACAGUGAAUUGUGAUAUUACAGUGGAUGGUGUUCAAUGCAGACAGAUAAAAUGUGCACUGGGUGAUUUCUGUUCAGAACACGAUGGAAUCUGCAAACCUUGUGCCUCUAUAUGCACCCAAGACCAUCACAAUUUUGAAGAAAGCGUAUGCAACAGGAAUUGCCAAGAUUAUCUACAUAACUUAAGAUAUUCUCAAAAGAAUGGAUCUGGUAUAAAUACAAACGAUAUGGAGAAACUCAAAGGAGAUGUUCAGAGAUUAUCUCGUAUGGUUACCACAACUUUAGUACUGGUUCUCUUCAUGUUGCUCGUGUUGGUUAUAGUUUUGGGUUUCCAACUUUACAGAUGGAAAGUGAAGAAGAACAUCACACUGAAGAAUCUCAAAUCCAAACUUUUCAAGAAACGUGAUGUAGAGGCUCAAGUAGAAGAUCCUUCUAAGAAUAAAAAACCUGAUUUGCGCUUGGAUAUAACAAAUAUGUCUUCAGUAUCUGAUCCUAGUCCUGUAACAAUGACUACAGUGAGCACCAGGCGACCUGCAGAAGAUAGUGCUUUGGACUAUGCGUAUGACAAUCACGCUAUGGCAACAAGUCCCCAGUGAGAAAAAUAAUUCAUAGUGAAUCAAAAAAACUUGUAUAUUAGAGAUUAUCUCUAGAAGGAGAUAUAUUCUACGAAAAGUGUUCAAUCUUAAUGUACUUAAAAAUGUGCUUAAAACUCGGGGGAGGUCUCAAAUCUCACUUUCAACAACUCUGAAUCUCAACUAUCAUUCCGUCCUUGCAUUUAUCUCUUUGUGUUAUGUUAAAACAUCACAAGUUUCUCAAACUUAAUGUCUAAUGAUUAUCGAGAUCUUCCUGAAAAUACUGAAAUGAGAUUAUCUGUUAUGAUUAGGUGCUCUAUUGAGUAUUAUGUAAAUAAAUUAUAUUAAAUUCCAGAAUCAAAGCUUUAAUGUUAUUUAAGAAUAAUUCGUUGGAUUGUUCUUUCUUACUAAAUAAAAAAAUUCAAACUUGGA